ACUGGAAAACCUAGGGGCGGGGGACAAGGGGUGUGGACAGAGAUGAUUUAAGAGCAGCCCCCACCCCCUAGGCAUACCCAGAGCUGCAGGGCACAGAUCUGGAGCAGAUCACACCUCAGCUGCCCCCCAAAAUUCAGCAGAUACCUGCAGCUGCUUUCACCAUGGAUGGUGUGAGCACAGCCAUCUUGCUCGGGCUCCUGGCUCUCGCCUUUCUGUUCCUGAUCCUCAAUUCAAGGGGCAAGAGCCAGCUGCCCCCAGGCCCCAGACCCCUCCCAUUCCUGGGAAACCUGCUGCAGCUUCGCUCCCAAGACAUGCUGACCUCUCUCACCAAGCUGAGCAAGGAGUAUGGCUCAGUGUACACAGUGCACCUGGGGCCGAGACGCGUGGUGGUCCUCAGUGGGUACCAAGCCGUGAAGGAGGCCCUUGUGGACCAAGGGGAGGAUUUUAGUGGCCGUGGUGACUACCCUGUCUUUUUCAACUUCACUAAGGGCAAUGGGAUCGCCUUCUCCAACGGGGACCGGUGGAAAGUCCUGAGGAGGUUCUCCGUCCAGAUUCUGAGGAACUUCGGGAUGGGGAAGAGAAGCAUUGAGGAGCGGAUCCUGGAGGAAGGCAGCUUCCUGCUGGCAGAGCUAAGGAAAACUGAAGGCAAGCCCUUCGACCCCACGUUUGUGCUCAGCCGCUCCGUGUCCAACAUCAUCUGCUCGGUGAUCUUCGGCAGCCGCUUUGACUACGAUGAUGAGCGUCUGCUCACCAUUAUCCGCCUCAUUAAUGACAACUUCCAAAUCAUGAGCGGCCCCUGGGGAGAGUUGUACAACAUCUUUCCGAGCCUCCUGGACUGGAUACCUGGGCCACACCGGCGCCUUUUCCAGAACUUUGGGUGCAUGAAAGACCUCAUCGCCCGCAGCGUCCGCGACCACCAGGACUCCCUCGAUCCCCGCUGUCCCCGGGACUUCAUUGAUUGUUUCCUCAACAAAAUGGCACAAGAGAAGCAGGACCCGCACAGCCACUUCCACAUGGAUACCCUGCUGAUGACCACACAUAACCUGAUCUUCGGUGGCACCGAGACCGUGGGCACCACGCUGCGCCACGCCUUCCUUGUGCUCAUGAAGUACCCGAAAGUGCAAGCCCGCGUCCAGGAGGAGAUCGACCGCGUGGUGGGACGCGCGCGGCUGCCGGCGCUGGAGGACCGAGCGGCCAUGCCUUACACGGAUGCGGUGAUCCACGAGGUGCAGCGCUUCGCCGACGUCAUCCCCAUGAACUUGCCGCACCGCGUCAUUCGGGACACACCCUUUCGCGGCUUCCUGCUACCCAAGGGCACAGAUAUCAUCACCCUUCUUAACACAGUCCACUAUGACCCCAACCAGUUCCUGACGCCCCAGGAAUUCAACCCCGAGCAUUUUCUGGAUGCCAAUCAGUCUUUCAAGAAGAGCCCAGCCUUCAUGCCUUUCUCAGCUGGUCGCCGGCUGUGCCUGGGCGAGUCGCUGGCGCGCAUGGAGCUCUUCCUCUACCUCACCGCCAUCCUGCAGAGCUUCUCGCUGCAGCCGCUGGGGGCGCCCGAGGACAUCGACCUGACGCCGCUCAGCUCCGGGCUCGGCAACCUCCCGCGGCCUUUCCAGCUGCGCCUGCGCACGCGCUGACCCCCGCCGCCCUUCCCGGGGAGGCCCGCCUAGUGCGGCGCUGGGUCCCCCGGCCCGUUACUCUGUGCCCCCGCCCCUCUCGCGCACACACCGCUUCCCCGCACCCGUGCCUGCCGCCCCCCGUCAUGCUCCAUCCCCCAUCUUGACCUGCUCUGCGCCCCCAGAAGCGGAGAAACGCAAGGGGAAAGGAGGAGAGCUUGCCUCGUUCUACUGGGCGCCCUUUGGGGGGGGGGGGGCUAUUUGUAUCAUUUUCUAAUAAAGUGUCUUUAUAAAAGAUUCAAACCUAGGACGCCUGGGCGGCUCAGUGGUUGAGCGUCUGCCUUCGGCUCAGGUCGUGGUCCAGGGGUCCCGGGAUCAAGUCCCACAUCGGGGUCCCUGCAUGGAGCCUGCUUCUCCCUCUGCCUGUGUC